AUAAAAGAAAUAACAAGGGACGAAAGAAAGAUGGUGGAAAGAACCGAUCUUCUUUCUCUUUUUUAUGCAUGAUCGGCUUGCAAUACGGCUUCAAAUCGGAACCUGAUUGGCUGGGCGAGUGACGCGAGAUGUGGCGUAGCUUGGCCGGCUCAGGCGACGGAUACUGUCCGUGGCGCCACGCGUGUUCGAAGAAACCAGCAGCUGGUCGUGUUGUGGCAGCUCUUCGAAAUCGGCACCAUCGCUCGGCUUUUUGGAUACACCACGUUUUGGAAAUGCUGCCCGUCCUUCUUCUUGUCCUCUUCGCCUCGGUCUCAUCGGCCACUACGGUGGACGAGGUGAACGACUACGUGGACGUGGUGCUCAGUGAACUGGGCCAACAAAUUCAGACACCGUACAGGCCCAAGGACAGCUACAACAAAACAGUGGCCGGACGGCCCGAGAUCUGGGCCUACUUCGGGGACAUCUUCAUCACCGGCUACAACAAGCUGGAACGCGACGGCAACUGCGCCCACGAAGAACACGCGCUGGCCACCGGCAUCACCAUACGCUGCAACCUGACCACCAGGGAGCUCCGCGUCGAUAUCACGGGCACGCUGAAGCACUCGACGUACCCACCCAGGAACGUCCGCGCCAGCGGAGUGUUCCUCAACCCGCACCUGCAGAUGAAGAUCGCCGUGGAACCAUGGAAGGAGAUGAACGUCACGCUACGGCUGCGGCUCACAGUGCCGCAGGUCAAGGUCGUCAACUUGGGCGAAGAGUUCAAGUUCAACAGUAUACGUCUCGGGUACAGGGACGAGAUUAUAUCCAUCAUCAAGAGUUCGACGCCCGAUCUCGAGCAAGACAUGAAGAAGGCCGCUGACAGCGAAGUCAUCCCGUACAAGAGGAAAUGAACAAGUGGUCCACGCUACACUCAUUCUGGUAAUCUGAAGAGUACCUGUCAUUCGCAUGCCUUUACACUGCAACCAUCGAAUCACAGCACGUACUUCAAAGAGCGGCCCCCGUCUCUGACCGAGGGAGUAGUAGUUCGACAAGCCGAAGAAGAAGCAUUUGUUGGCUGCAGCAGCCGGGAGCGGUGCCAGCUUGUGCAUUGGAAUGUGCGUGUCUUGCAUCACGAAUGACUGCGGUGAGCUCGUCAUGGGCAAAGGCAUUCGUAACGAACAGGAGAGGCUACCGGUUGCGCAGUGGCGGACACGUCACUGCGUCCGCUUCAAGAACUCAACUACGAGUGCGAGCUAACCGGUGCUUUCACGCGUGAGUGUUGUGUUGUGCUGUCCAGUAUGAACUGCUGCGAAAGGUGCGCAAUGAGUUUGCGCAAGUGUGAUCGAUAGCUUCUGUGAUGUGUGGUGAACUUUGUUUGCACGCCUAAUAAAGAUGUGAUCGUGUGUUUAAAA